AAUAUCAAUAAGCACCAUUUUCGAUGCUUGGUUUGGUUCUGGAAGCAAAGCUGGGUAGGGGGAAACACACAGGAUUUGUCCAAAACAAUCUAUUCGUUUUUUGCUUGCAUGAAAUCUUUGUGUAGGCGGAAGCCAUUGCCCUUUUUCCCAUGCCGGUAGUUUACUAUGCCCACUGCAAUCCCAUAUUGUCACCUCAAUAUUGCUUAUGCCCUGCAAACGAUUGCAUGCUCCAAAAAUUUGGUUGGAGCCCGCUAGUUCAUUGCUCCAAACUUUCUCAUAAACCCAUCAAGAUGCCUUCUUUAAAGGAGUAUUGCAGGCAAGGAAGUUUAAAAGAUGCUUUUCAGUCAUUAACCCAGUUGUUCGCUGCUAACCACAGUUCAAAUAAUUUUUCUCUUGAAGAGCCUUAUUCUCUGAUUCUUGACCUCUGCGCGAGUCAGAAAUCUCUAUCACAAGGAAAGCAGAUACAUGGCCGCAUGAUCAAAUCUUAUGGCCUGUGUGAUUCUGUUUUUCUGAACACAAAGCUUGUGCACAUGUAUGGAAAGUGUGGCUCAUUCAUUGACGCGGAGAAGGUGUUUGAUGAAAUGUGCGACAGAACGAUUUUCACUUGGAACGCCAUGUUAGGUGCCUAUGUAUCAAACGGGGAACAUAUGAAAGCAAUUGCAUUGUAUGAGGAAAUGCGAGUUCUCGGUGUGUCACUAGAUGCGCAUACCUUUCCUUGUGUUCUUAAAGCUUGUGGUGCUCUCAGCGAACCUCGCUUAGGUGCUGAGAUUCAUGGUAUGGCCAUCAAGAGUGGAUAUGGUGCAUUUGUGUUCGUAUCCAAUGCACUUAUUUCUAUGUAUGCGAGGUGCAAUGAUCUCAAUGGAGCAAAGCUGUUAUUUGAAAGUAUGCAUGAGAAAGAGGAUGUUGUUUCAUGGAAUUCUAUAAUCAUAGCACAUGCUACAGGAGGUCAUUUCUCAGAUGCAUUAUCAUUAUUUAGAAGAAUGCGGGCUAUUGGUCUUUCCAGUAAUACAUAUACUUUGGUUGCCACUCUUCAAGCUUGUGAAGAUCCAGCAUUCAUCAAGCUAGGCAUGGAGAUGCAUGCAGUUACCUUGAAAUCUGAUUAUUAUGCUGAUAUAUAUGUUGCCAACUCUUUGAUUGCCAUGUAUGCAAAAUGUGGUAGAAUGGAGGAAGCUGAAAGAGUUUUUAUAAAUAUGAAUAGUAAGGAUUAUAUAUCAUGGAACACCCUGCUUUCAGGUUUUGUUCAAAAUGAUCUAUAUAGUGAUGUUUUUAAGUACUUUCGGGAGAUGUGGCAUUCUGGUCGAAAGCCUGACCAGGUGUCACUGCUAAAUGUGAUUGCAGCAUCAGGUCGAUUAGGGAAAUUAUCAAGUGGAAUGGAAGCUCACGCCUAUGCAAUAAGAAAUGGAAUGGACUCUGACGUGCAGAUUGGAAACACCCUGAUAGAUUUGUAUGCUAAGUGUUAUUGUGUGAAAUACAUGGGUGGUGCUUUUGAAAACAUGCAUGAAAAAGACUCAAUUUCUUGGACAACAAUUAUUGCUGGCUAUUCUCAAAAUGGAUGUCAUCUGGAUGCUUUAAAUUUGUUUCGGAUGGUCCAUGUAGAAAGGAUAAAUAUUGAUGUGAUGAUGAUUGGAAGCAUUUUGACAGCUUGUAGCGGGUUGAAGUCCAAAACCUCAAUCAAGGAAAUCCAUGGUUACAUUAUAAAAAGAGAUUUAGCUGAUACAUUAUUGCAAAACGCCCUUGUCAAUGCAUAUGGUGAGACUGGGCACAUAGAGUAUACGGAGCAUGUGUUUGACGCAAUUGAAUCCAAAUGUAUUGUGUCUUGGACAAGUAUGUUAUCUUCUUACGUUCAUAAUGGAUUUGCAAUUGAAGGUCUUGAACUUUUCUGCUCCCUGAAAGAAACUAAAUUACAGCUUGAUUCUGUAGCUCUGGUCAGCCUACUCUCUGCUGUUGCUAGUUUAUCUGCACUUAAAAAAGGUAAAGAGAUUCAUGGAUUUAUAAUUAGGAAGGGUUUCCUGUUGGAGGGACCAAUUGCUAGCUCAUUGUUGGAUAUGUAUGCUUCUUGUGGAAGUUUAGGGGAUUCCAAAAAGCUUUUUAAUUCUGUGAAAAAGAGAGAUAUAAUUUUAUGGACUUCCAUGAUUAAUGCAUAUGGAAUGCACGGCGUUGGAACUGUGGCUAUUAAUUUAUUCAAAAAAAUGACAGAUGAAAAUAUUAUACCCGAUCAUAUAACCUUCCUGGCUCUACUGCAUGCUUGCGGCCAUUCAGGAUUGAUGACUGAAGGUAAGAGGUUUUUUGAAAUUAUGAAACAUGAAUAUCAGCUGGAGCCCUGGCCAGAUCAUUAUGCUUGUUUGGUUGAUCUCCUUGGUCGUUCAAAUUGCUUGGAAGAGGCAUAUCAUAUUGUGAAAAAUAUGCCAAUCAAACCUACUGCUGAGGUCUGGUGUGCUCUUCUUGGGGCUUGUCGGGUUCAUUCUAAUAAAGAAUUGGGAGAGCUUGCAGCAGAACAGCUCUUAAAAUUGGAUACUGAGAAUUCAGGAAAUUAUGCUCUAAUAUCUAAUAUCCUAGCAGCCGAUGCAAGAUGGAACAACGUUGAAGAAGUGAGGAUAAGAAUGAAAAGAAAUGGGGUGAAGAAACAACCUGGAUGCAGUUGGAUUGAGGUUGGGAAUGAGGUUCACACCUUCAUGGCAAGGGACAAAACUCAUCCAAAGUCUAAUGACAUUUAUCUAAAAGUAGCUCAGUUUACAAAAUCAUUGGAGGAUAAAGUAGGCUACAGGCCUCAAACAAAGUUUGUUUUGCACAAUGUUGCGGAAGAGGAAAAAAUUCAGAUGCUAUAUGGACAUAGUGAAAGGUUGGCUCUUGGUUAUGGUCUUAUUGCUACCCCGGAGGGUACUUCUCUUCGGAUCACAAAGAAUCUUCGAACAUGUAAUGAUUGCCAUACAUUCUUUAAGCUAGCAUCUAAAGUCUUGGAACGAGUUCUUAUUGUAAGGGAUGCAAACAGGUUCCAUCACUUUCAAAAAGGAGCCUGUUCAUGUGGAGAUUUUUGGUGAUCACUUUGAUAAUUAUAUGAAAAGUUGAAACAUGCUAUCAUGGGCUUCACUGGUUACUUGCUGGUGGUCAUUGAAAUCACUUUCCAAAUAUUCAACAUUCACUCACUCUCUUGAUGACAUUGCAAUUGAGAGCUGGCACUGAAAGGAAGAGGGCUUGUGUACCGUUAAUGAACUUGGCCAUGGAGCUACAUCCUAGUCCUACACGGGCUCUGUAAACAUAUUUCUUAUUCACUAAAGGAUUAUAGCUUCGGGAUGAAAGAUAAGAUACUGAUAAAUGCAUGUGAAAGAUAAUCAGCUGUUCUGUGGUCUUCCCGCUCGCAUGCUUGGAUGAUAAAUUAUGUUGUUGGUAUAUAAAUCCUGGACUUCGUCUGUAAUCAGGUAUGAGAGCUGGGAUGAUUCAGAGAUUCCAAAGUUUCAUUCUGGAUCACAUUAUUCUAGAGCUGGAAUUAUCUUCUUCUAUCUUCUCCACCUCCCCUCUUCUAGUGCAGAGAAUCAAAAGCUUCUCGGUGACCAGUUUGACCAUGCUGAAUUGCCGAUCGUCUUUUCAACAAGUGCAACUUGGAGGGGAAACACAUCUGAUGUGAAGGAACCAAUUCCUGAAUUUUUCUACAUGUCAGUUUUUUGAGAAUAGGUUCAAUCUUGACUUGGCAGAAAAAUAGUCUAGGGCCAGGAUGCCUCUCGUUCAUGAGAGAUGAUAUUUCCCAACAACUCACUCCGGGAGCCCUUUUCUGAUUUCCACAAGUUGUCUUAACUUGCCUGUUUGUAUUCGGAAAAAAAAGAAAAGAAAAAUAGUCUAGGGGCCAAAGGCUUUGUAGCCUAGUGGUACUGACGCUCCCUUGUAAGUGGAAGGUCGUGAGUUCGAUCCUGCUUGUAACCUCAGGUCCUUAGCGCCUGCCUUUUUAAUUCCAAAAAAAAAAAAAGAGGAGGUUGUCUUAGCGCCAGUCUCUUGUUAAAAUUUAUGAGCUUCCAGAUUCCAUUAGUAAGGUGGAACGACUAGGAAAUUUACUGGUUA